UCAUCAGUGACAUCAGAUUGUUUUGGUUGGGUUCAUUCCUGGUCCAUGAAACAGUUAUGAGCUAUCAUGCCCUACUGGCUGCCAGACUCAUAAAAGUGGACCCAUGUGUACUUCCUUGUGGCUCCAAGACAUGCUGGCUCACUCACUGGCCCACACCCACAGAGAGAGAGAGAAGGCAGCAGCAGGCUGCAUAGCCACCUCACAUGCAAAUCAGCCCCAGGAGUGCAGCUGGACUCCUCCUGUGGCUCCCGGGCAAUGCUCCUGGGCAGGCCCUGUGGAAGAUGCCAUCCUGGGCGCUGUGUGCUCAUCCUUGUCCUUGGUCUCCUGUGCGACGCUGUGGGCCUGGUCCUUUUGCUGCUGGGGAUUUUUGCCACACUGAAUUACUGGGACUUCUUGGUCUACACAGGGGCCCUGCUCCUGGCAUUCAGCCUGCUGUUCUGGGUCUUCUGGUACACCUUCAAUAUCAAAGUGCCUCUUGAGAAACUGGACUUGUUGCUUGGCCAUGGGCAGCAGAGGGAUGCAUGUGCCACAUGCAGCGAUGAGCCUGGGGCUGACAGGCACCAACAUGCUGCAGUUCCCACCCAGGAUGUCCCAAGGGGACCAGGUCCUGUCUGAUGGAGAAGAAUCAAGACAAGAUUCAUGCCCUUUGCAGCAUGUCCUUGAUAAUAUCCAGGAGGAGGCAGCGGCUGCAAUGCCGGAGGCUUUCAAAGCACCCAUGAGGAUGACGUGAAUGGCUCCAUCUAGAUCCCUGAACCAUUCUUUCAGGCCACUAGCAUUGCUGCUGCUGCCCCAGCUGAUCAUGGAGAGCCUGAGAAGCCAUGAAGUUUUCCUAGUGGGGCUUUUAUGGCAGCAAUGCUGCUGUGGGCUUAGAUACCAAGAGAGAAGUCCCAUCUCUGCCACUUCUCUGGUCAAUGUCCUUUUUAAAAAGAACUGACAAUUGGAACUAAGCGCAAAAGUCCAAAUGGGGUCCCCUGCAAGCACACAUUCCCUAAUAUUGUUGCUACUUCUCUGACUGGCUGGAUAGAUUCUGUGAGUCCCUGGAGCACUCCACCCUGCCCACAUUGCCCAGUGGGCACAUGGAACUGUAUUCCAAUGUGUUGGCUUGAACUGUGAAUGUACAAUCAGUGGUGUGUGUGAGAGGACUCUCUCCUCCUCAGAGAGAGCUGAUCACUCUUCUUGCGGCCCCACCCAUUUGGACAGCCUGGCUCAUAUUGAGCUUUAAGUCAAUUGAAACCCUCCAAGCAUUUGUCUGACAGGUAAGCUAGGUCUCUGCUGUGCUGUGUGUGUCAUUCACUUCAUAAACUUAAAAAGGCCAGACUUAAUUUUUAGCUAAAGUUGCAUGGGGUCUAGUGCAGCCCAACUACAGCAACUCUGAGUGUCAGCAUUCCUCAGAUGAUCUGAGAGAUGUGCUCUGCUUUGUCACCCAGGCUUGACCUGCCCCACUAAUUUAUAUUUCCCCAAGUCUAAUUUUGUAUUUUUAUAUUACCACUUUUCAAAAUGUGUAUGUGUUUCCUUUAAGCCUCCUCAUAUCUUUUAUGUUAUGAGGCAAUUAACUAAAUAAAGAAGUGGAUUUGGACUGGUGUUUUCACAUGACAACGUAAUUCUGAGUCUGCGUGAUUUCAUAACAAUUCUUAAAA